AAUCAAUGGCGGCGGCGGCGAUGAUUGGGUUUCCGCAGGCGUAUCUGGAGAGUAAAGAGGUGAAGGAGACUAGCUCGCUGGUGACUGAGCUCUGCCGUCAUUUCUACACCCAAGGUUGGGUUUCUGGAACAGGCGGCAGCAUAACGAUGAAGGUUCACGAUGCUUCAAUCCCCAAAGCUGAGCAACUCAUCGUCAUGUCUCCUUCAGGUGUUCAAAAGGAGAGGAUGCAACCUGAGGAUAUGUACAUCUUAUCCGCUAAUGGAUCCAUCAUAACUUCACCUUCUCCAAAGCCAUACCCUAAUAAGCCUCCCAAGUGUACUGACUGUGCUCCUCUUUUCAUGAAGGCAAAUACUUUGAUUGCUAAUGACUGUUGGAUUGCAACCCAAAACAAAAAAAAAGUGCAGAACAGGCGGCUUUCUUUGGGGAAACGCUUGCGAAAACUCGGUUGCAAGAGUUCUAUUGAUGUUUACCGAGAGAAUCUUGAAUAUGGUGAUCUGAUAACUCACAUGGAGAUGAUAAAAGGGAUUCAAGGUCACGGAUACUAUGACGAGCUCGUUGUCCCAAUCAUAGAGAACACAGCUUAUGAGAAUGAGCUAACAGAUUCACUUACCAAAGCUAUAGAAGCCUAUCCAAAAGCAACAGCAGUGUUGGUACGCAAUCACGGAGUUUACAUUUGGGGUGAUUCUUGGAUCCAUGCCAAGACUCAGGCUGAAUGUUACCAUUAUCUGUUCGAUGCUGCCAUCAAGCUUCAUCAACUGGGUCUGGAUUCCGCUACCCCAGACCAUGGCCCUAUUCGAAGACCCAUACAUUCUGUGAAAUCCGGAGUCAAGGAUUCACAAAACCAAACAGAACCGCCUCAGCGAUGCAUUGUCCUCGACAUUGAAGGAACAACAACGCCCAUAACAUUCGUUACAGAUGUUCUCUUUCCCUAUGCUCGUGAAAACGUUGGGAAGCAUUUAAAAUUGACAUAUGACACUGCAGAAACCCAAGAGGAUAUUAAGUUGCUGCGUGCUCAAGUUGAAGAAGAUUUGAGACAGGGUUUAACCGGCGCUGUUCCUAUACCUCAUGCUGAUGAAGGACAAGACAAGGUCAUUGCCGCUGUGGUCUCUAAUGUAGAGGCAAUGAUAAAAGCCGAUAGAAAGAUCACAGCUUUAAAGGAAUUGCAAGGUCACAUAUGGCGAACGGGUUUUGAGUGUAACGAACUGAAAUCUGUUGUUUUCGAGGAUGUAGCAGAGGCUUUACAGAAAUGGCAUUCUUCGGGAAUUAAGGUUUACAUAUAUUCUAGUGGUAGCCGAUUAGCGCAAAGGCUUCUCUUUGGGAACACAAACUAUGGAGAUCUGAGAAAAUACUUAUCUGGCUUUUUCGACACUACAAUCGGAAACAAGAAAGAAAGCAAGAGUUACAAGGAGAUCACAGAGACAUUAGGAGUGGAUGAUCCUUCAGAGAUUCUUUUUGUGACUGAUGUUUAUCAAGAAGCUACAGCUGCAAAAGCCGCAGGUGUGGAGGCGAUUAUAUCGAUUCGACCUGGAAACGCUUCUUUACCAGAGAAUCACGGGUUCAAGACUGUCACAUCCUUCUCUCAAAUC